AUGACGACUCGGUACCGCGGUCUCUUGGCUGUCCCGUUUGUGCUCUAUUCCCAGCCGACAGGAGUCUUUGGCGAUGACAGCAACGUGGCAAAGAUGGCCGAGGAGGCCCAUAGGCGCUACGCAGAGAUUAUGCGAGACGUUGAGCUGAUGAUUGACGACCACAUCGCCCGCCAACAUCGUGAUCGCGCGCUCCCGUCCAAGCUCGGGAUGCUGGUGCCCACAGCAGGCCCAUUCUUUACGCGACUUCCCCUAGAGGCCGCCUUCAAGUACCAGGACCGGAAGCGCUACAUGUCAUCGAGACGAUAUGUAGCCCCUUCGUUCAACGAUGUGCGCCUGGUGCUCAACUCGGCCCAGAUCAUGGCUGUGACGAACGGCACUCUUCAGCUGGCCACCUUUGAUGGUGAUGUCACCCUAUAUGAUGAUGGGCAGAGCUUGGAGCCAUCAAGCCCCGUCAUCCCGCGACUUCUAGACCUCCUGCGCAAAAACAUCAAAAUCGGCAUCGUGACGGCUGCUGGCUAUACAACCGCGGAUCGGUAUUAUCAACGUCUUCAUGGCUUGCUCGACGCCAUUGCCGAAUCCACUGAGCUUGAUCCCGUGCAAAAGCAGAACAUUGUCAUCAUGGGCGGCGAGGCCAACUAUCUCUUUGAAUACGAACCGUCUUCGCCCUACCGUCUGGCGCCUGUCCCUCGUCAAGCGUGGCUUACCCCGGAGAUGGCAGCCUGGUCCGAGGCGGAAAUCGCGGCGCUGCUGGACGUGGCCGAAUCAGCGCUCCGAGACUGUAUCCGCACAAUGAACCUUCCCGCCAUCAUAGUGCGAAAAGAUCGCGCUGUGGGAAUCGUUCCCAAUCCUCCCGAGGUGCGCAUCGCGCGAGAGAGUCUGGAAGAGACGGUUUUGGUGGUCCAGCGUAUCCUGGAGCUGAGUGCACUUGGCACGCCUUCGCAGCAGGCCGGCCAGGGCGCCCAGGGCCGCCACGGGGUCCCAUUCUGCGCAUUCAACGGCGGCCGCGAUGUCUUUGUCGACAUUGGCGACAAGAGCUGGGGCGUGACGGUCUGCCAGCAGUGGUUCGGAAGACGCAGCGGAGGAGCGACCGGGGCCGAUGCAGCGCUGACGGCGAUCAGGGGCGAGAACACGCUGCACGUGGGAGAUCAGUUCCUGAGCGCGGGAUCCAACGACUUCAAGGCGCGGAGCGUGGGAACCACGGCCUGGAUCGCAAGCCCGGCAGAGACGGUGGAGCUGCUGGACGAGUUGGCGGAUCUGAUGCAGAAGAAGCUUUCAUGA